GGAAUGCACAAGGACUCGGUAUGUGACAGGCUGUAGGCAGCAGGUGAAUUUGCACUGGAGGAGGAGGGGGCAAGAAUAGCACCGGCGUGGGCGUACAGGCGGCCACCGAACCGUUAUGCUGUAUGCUGCAUGCUGGCGUAUUUUCAGUAAGGUCAACAAACAUGAUAAAUGUCCAUGUGUAUAUAUAUAUGAGGCGGUGCAUGCGGCUGAUAUGAGGUUUGGUAUUCCAUGCAGCAGCCUCCCACGCGCCGCUACCGCCCACGCCAGGAUCUGCGUCACUCAGGCGCGUGGGAGUGAGAGAGCAAUGUAGCAAGCGCGGAAUAUCCCAAUUCUGGCAGUAGGGGAGAGAGCGGAAACCAACUAGUUUGAGAGUCCCUCCGUAGUUCAAACUACAGAGUGCGUGAGAGUUAAUUCAAUAACAGAGAGCCGAAGGACGCGUCGCUUACCCGCCGAACGCGCGGCACCUCACUGGACGUCAGGUGAAGCGUCGCGUAACUCAACGGAGCGUCAUAUUUCAGAACUUUAAUAAUCAUUCAACCAGACGGCGCUUUUGGAAGAGUUUUGGUGGAAAAAGACAAAGAAAGAAAACCAAAAGGUAUGGCAGCGACUUUACCCAGAACCCUUGGGGAGUUGCAGCUCUACCGCAUCCUUCAGAGGGCCAACCUGCUGUGCUACUAUGACGCCUUCAUCCAGCAGGGUGGCGACGACGUUCAGCAGCUCUGCGAGGCUGGCGAGGACGAGUUUCUCGAGAUCAUGGCGCUCGUAGGCAUGGCCAGCAAGCCGCUGCACGUCAGACGCCUACAGAAAGCUCUGCGCGAUUGGGUCACAAACCCUGCCCUGUUCAAUCAGCCCCUCACGUCCCUUCCCGUCUGCAGCAUUCCCGUCUAUAAGCUGCCCGAAGGGUCGCCCACAUUGUUGCCUGGGAAUGGUGCCCGUGGAGACACCCAAGUCAAAGUGCCCAAGUGUUUGGCAGCUGCUUGCGUGGAUCCCGGAAAAGGAGAAUUGGGAAACGGGAACUCUUCUGCCACUGUUUCACCCCUCCAGAGUGGCAGUGAGCCACGUUUUUGGGCUGGUCACGGCACGGAGAGCGAGCACAGCCUGUCCCCGGCAGAACUGGGCUCUCCAUCUUCCCCUCGGGACGGCCUGGAGGCACUAGAUGCGGCUGCUGUUCAGUCCGUAGCAGAGUGCGUGGAAAGAAUUGCUCAGACUUUGCCCAAGAGUGACCCCGGAGAAGUCAAAGAACUGUUGAAGGGAAAUAAGAAGCUUGCCAAGAUGAUCAGCCACAUCCUCGAUAUGAGCGACGAGGAUCCGCACAGGGAAGAGGAAAUCCGCAAGUAUAGCGCCAUAUAUGGGAGAUUCGACUCAAAACGGAAGGAUGGGAAGCAUCUGACUCUGCACGAGUUGACGGUGAAUGAGGCAGCUGCACAGCUUUGUAUGAAGGAGGUGGCAUUGCUGACUCGCAGAGAUGAGCUUUUCGGACUGGCCCGUCAGGUCUCCCGAGAGGUCACCUACAAAUACACCUACAGAACCAGCAAAUCUCGAUGCGGUGACAGAGAUGAGCCGUCACCCAAGAGAAUUAAAACUGAGGAGGGCUGUUUUGACCUCCAGGAGGCGCUGCAGGCUAUUCACAUGCGCCAGGAGACCCUUAAGGAGCAGCUAGCCCACGCCAGAUCUAAAGGAGAGGAGACGGUUGGGCGGAACAUCCAGGUUCAGCUGGAGCGUCUGUUGGCCAAGCAGAUGGAGAUACUGCAUGACGCCGCGGCGCAGGAUAGACUGCAGGCUCUAGAGUGGAGGGUUCCACCAGGGCCCUACAAACACAGCACAGACAGGCAGAACAGCAACGGGCUCUCCGCCAACAAAAACACUGACCAGCAGGGAGAGAGGCCGCUGAAUCUGAGGGUGACCAGCCAGAGGACGAGUGCAUCAGAUGGAGAUACACCUCUCGGAAAGCAGCUGGCCAAUGAGUUGAAGAGGCAUCAUCACGCUAAUGCUGAGAGCAAGACGUCAGCAGCCACAGAAAACGGAGGAGACCCAUCUUCACGUGCCCUCAACCUCUCUGAGAAGAAGACCAUCAAAUCUGAGCCGGAGGAUUCCAGAUAGCAGCUCCGAAUGCUUUCGUUUCAAACCUACAACAAUACACGUCGUCUGUCAGUGAAUACUAAACAAGCACAACUACAGUAGAGCCUUAACAACCAAUGUUGCCUCAAAAUAGAGUUUAUUUUAGUUUCUCGCCAUUUUUGUUUUUGCCAAAGCACCUAGAGCCCUUAUUUCCAUUCUCCUAAGUAGAUGCACACUGUUUGUGCUGUCACUGACUGUACUCGUUUAAUUCUCACUAGCUCUCCUCACUUGUUUUAAUGCUCUCCUAUUGUUGUGGACCACAAAGUCCGCUAUUUGUACAUACAUAGAAAAUGUUGUUUGUUUGAAAUGGUUAAAUGUUAUUUAAAUACAGUAUGUGUUGUAUGUAUAUAUGAAUGCAUGUAAAAUAUCACUGAAACGGAGGGACGCAGUGUUUUUAAAGUUGUUAGUAAGCAGCUGUUGUUGUCGCCUAUUUAAGUGAGCCUCCUGGAUUGCGUUUCUCUUUAAAGACCCCAUGCAAUCACUUUCAUUUCCUGUGUUGACUAUUUCCUAUUAUCAACUGACAUAUCAAAAAAAGUUUGCCCCUUUUUUUUAAAGAGCCAGUAGGCUUUAUUUACACCAUAAACAGUGAUUUGCUACUUGCUAUUGCUAUUUGAUAGCUGGUGGUAUUGUUAGCAAGAGCAAUAAUAUUAAAACAAAGAUAUUAGGGCUGCACGAUGUAUCAAAAUAUUAGAUAGUGGCAUGGCUAAAUGCAUCAAAUCAACAAGGCUGUUGUAUCAGAGUGAAGCUUGGCACUGUUCAUUUGCACAAGUAAAUGUAAAUUUAGGCAAAAAUGAAGAAAUUAAGACGUGAAUAUUAGUAUUGUAAUUCUACAGUAUUUUAAGGUAUUUUUAUUUAAUUAAAUAUUCUCUUUAUUUUAUAGUACAUUAGUAUUAUCGCAACAUUUCUUAUUUUAAGAUUUUUAAUAAUCACAAUAAAAAUCAUAUGAUUUAAUAGUUUAAUAGAGUCAAAAACAGUGGGUUGAUUUUUUUAUUUUAUUUUUUUUUUAUGCUCACUUUAUGAUUAAUGAAAGCUGUUUCAGUUUGUUCUUGUAAAGUCUACCCAAGUGCGAACAAAUUUUUCACAAGUUGUUCAACAGAAAAACAAAAUAUCGCAAUGUCAGUUUUUUUCCCAGUAUUGUGCAGCCGUAAUCUUCUGUUUAUCCCAGAAGAGAACAAAAUUUGGUUUUUAAAUCCGUGAAGGUGAAUUUUCUCACUAGUACACUAGCAUAGAGAUGACACGUAGGGACUAAAAACUCUAAUUUUGAUCUCAUGGGGUCUUUAAGGAAGUCGUUUUCUCCUCUGUCAGGGUUUCUAAUAGCAAUGCUAAUGAAUCUGAACUUAAAAGUCUCUACUAUGGUGCUAUGGCUGAAUUUACUUGCGUAACAGAGGAAAAACUGCAGUACAUGUCACUAUUUAAACACUGAAAUCUCGGAGCCAGACGUUUGGCCUCCUUGUCAUCUUGAACGAAUAGUAAUGCCUGAUUUAUUUCGAUACUAAGCACAAUUAAUAUAUUUAAUCGUACUCUUUACAUACCUACAAAAUGCUAAAACAGACCAGCAUGUCUCCCCUCCUGACCAAUAGUCAUGUAAAUAGUAAAGACAUUCGCAACUGACUGGACUUGAAAACAGGGCGUCAUUACCGCACCAUUCCAGUCUUUAUCAUAAUCACGUAACGUAUUUGUAUUUCUGAAUAUUUAGUCGUAGAGCAAUACCGGGUAGCUGUUGUCACUUAUCUCAGUGAACGUGUCUGGGUGUCCUAACCUCAGAGGACAUUCACUGUACAGUAUUUCUACUCUGUUUCGUAGUGUAGACAUAGUCUUAGAUUCAGCUAACGUGCAAAUGUAUGUGAAACUGAUAUGCACUAGUGUUUGAUUCUCGAAUUUGCAUCCUACUGCUCAACAUUUCUCGUGUUUCUCAAUGGUGAUACAUGUUUUUGUAGGACUUGUACCCGUGAAAUCAUCCAGUCACACUCUUUAUGUAGUUUUAGAGUAUCACGUGAGGUGAAGUAGGCACAAGAUAAUCAGGUUUUCCACAGUUACAUGUCUGUAAUGUACCGGUCAAGCUGUUAUAUAAUCUGUAUUUGUGUCAAAGACAAAUACCUCUCUAUAUCGGUACGAAGAGACCGAUUUUUAACGUCCUGAUCAUACACUUCAGUAUUUCGAGGGAAUAUGUGGAAAUAUUGUGUGCUUUUAUUUUUUUAGGAUUAUUUUCAGAGAUCUCGAGUAUGCAAAAUCUUAAUUUAAGUGCCAUUUUAAACAUAUUUUAUGUUUAAUGAGAGUGUGCGAUAAGUCGGUGGGUUACAAGAAGUACCCGUGUGAUAAAGACAAGCGUUAUGUGAAUAUUUAUCUGCAUUUUCAACUUUUUGCCUUAGUUUAAAGCAUUCCACGUUACGAUUCUUUGCUGGUGGUAUAGUUUAUUUUGGAUGUUCGUUUUAGGUGGAAUGGGAAAUUAGAUUUGAGAAGUUGUAUGAGCAUCUGAGACUUAAAGCCUUGGCAAUAUCAAGCUCUCUAAGAGCACUGGAACAAAAUUUGCUUAGGAAAAAAACAGUUUGAUGAAGAAAAAAUCUGAUUGGACCUUACUGAUUACAUCGUUACCAAUGACCUAUAUAGCAAGACAUAUCUAGACGCCUACAUUUGUUCCUUGCUUGUUACUGUCUUUAACCACUCACAGAAAUGAUCAGUCUUUCUCUAAUCUUUGUACUUGCUUUGUAUAAUAGACUUAUGCAUCUUGGACUGUGGGAUGAAACUGUGUUGUCAGUAGAACUUGUUCUCAUCACUUUUGAGUAGAGAGUACAUUAGGAUAUGCAUACGGUAGUCCUGCACAUAUUGUUUUGUAAACACUAAUAUAUUUAAUUUGUUAUACAGCACAUGAACAUUAAACUCUAUUUUUUUGAC